GGGUCUAAUGAGGAUGUAGGGCCAAUCAGCGGAGGUGUUGCUUUUGCGGCUCCACGUCGGCACCAGCUGCGGGGCAAGAUGGAGGCGCUGAUUUUGGAACCCUCCCUGUAUACUGUCAAAGCCAUCCUGAUUCUGGACAAUGAUGGAGAUCGACUUUUUGCCAAGUACUAUGACGACACCUACCCCAGUGUCAAGGAGCAGAAGGCCUUUGAGAAGAACAUUUUCAACAAGACCCAUCGGACUGACAGUGAAAUCGCCCUCUUGGAAGGCCUGACAGUGGUAUACAAAAGCAGUAUCGAUCUCUAUUUCUAUGUGAUUGGCAGCUCCUAUGAAAAUGAGCUGAUGCUCAUGGCUGUUCUGAAUUGCCUCUUUGACUCAUUGAGCCAGAUGCUGAGCUCCCAAGUGAACCCAGUACAGACAGCCAUCCGCCAUCCGGAGCAGAACAGCAGGCGCUCUCAGCCCCACAAAAUCAGCAGGGCGAAUGGCUCAGAUUUCCUCAGGAAGGGGAUGAUUUAUUUCUUAGCCAGGAAAAAUGUAGAAAAGCGAGCUCUGCUGGAGAACAUGGAGGGUCUCUUCUUGGCUGUGGAUGAAAUCGUAGAUGGAGGGGUGAUCCUAGAGAGUGAUCCCCAGCAAGUGGUACACCGGGUAGCAUUAAGGGGUGAAGAUGUUCCGCUUACGGAGCAGACCGUGUCUCAGGUGCUGCAGUCAGCCAAAGAGCAGAUCAAGUGGUCACUCCUUCGGUGAAGACCUCACUGUUCCUGGCUCCUCACCCCCUCAGAAAAUCCACAUAUCUGCUGUGACUUCUCAUCCAGUCCCCCAACUGAUGCUCUCAGGGUCAUCUCGGGGAUCACAAGGGAUCCUUAAGUCUCCAUCCUCUCUGUGGUUGCUCCCCCAAACCCCCACUUAUGCUUCCUAUUCUUUCACACUUUUUUUUUUUUUAACAGCCUGGGAGUAAAGCUCCCAUCAGAUUCAAACGCAGGGUAGUAGGGAAAGCACCCUCUUCCUUUCUACACCGAAUUGUGCUGUCAUGCUCUCCCACACCCCCCCCCCCCAUAUUUUCUUCUCAACUUCGGUGCCCUUUGCUGCAGCUACACUUCAGAUCAAAGCAGGAGAAAGAAUGUGCUGAGUGUUUUCCUCCCUUUGCCUUUACCAGGCCUUCAUCCCAACAGCCCAUAUGUUAGCAAGAGGAGGGAGGGAGACAGACAAUGUUUUUUCUAUAGAAUGAGUGGGGGUGGCAUAUUCCAGUCUCAGCCACAGGCCCACUCACUCACUGGCCUCAGCGUUUCCUCCCAUUCCUUCUUACUGCCCUGUCCUCCAGCCUUGGGAGAAAAGAUGGGGAACAGCUCGUGGGCAGGGGACAGAGUAGAAGAAGUAGGGAUUUAAAUGUUAUGGGAUAGGGCUUAUAAAAGUCUGUAUUUCAGUCACAGCUGCAUUCUUAACCCUGAUCCUGGCUUCUAGCUUCAGAACCGCUGUGGGUCUGUGAGUGUUCACUGUAGGACUGUCCAUCUCCUGGUCCCACUACCUGGACUCUGUCCACCUUCGCCACCCCUGGGAUCUUUGCCUGGCCUGUCCUCGCUGUGCCCUGGAGCAAAGCCGGUCCCUGAACUAAAACUCCCAUUUUCAUCCUGGGAAGAAGAGGUUUUGCUCAGAACUGGGGAGGGGGUGGGAUUUGUGACUUGGGCCUCUGGGCUCUGUCCCCUUCGCUCCCCCCACAUGCAUUUCACUCCUCUGCCCUGGGUCUGCAGUCUCUGUUGCUUAACCCCCUCUUCUCUCUGCCUCAGCCUUACAUCCAGGCAGUAGGUCUGCGCUCUCUCCCUCCCUGGGUCGCUGAGAGAGGUGCCCUUCUUCGGAAAACCUUUGGGAUUUGGAUUCCCCCAGGAAGAUGGGGACGGAGCACCCACUCUUGGGUCUAACCUUUCCCCCUGACCCAAAACUUCCCACAAAAAUGUCUCAAAAAACACCUUCCUGAGGCUUCACUCUGCCCCACCCACUAACUGCCAGUUCUCCAAGACUGAAGUGGGGUGAAUAACUGGGCAUAUCUGAGGGGACGUUUUUGGGGUCAGAGAUGUAUGGAGUCAGGAGAUAGCCACCCUCAUCUGCUGUGCGCAAAGAGGAAUAAAACAGAUUUUUUUCCAAA